UUCUGCAAUUAUUGAUGUAAUUAUAGUAGAUGCAUUAAUCUACGAAAAGCCGGAGUGAUUCCGCGUCGGUCGCUCUCCGCAGUGGGUUGCUGUCAAACGUCCACUUCCCCUGGUCUGACCUCUCUUCACGUUUGUUUUUGGUUUUCUUCUCCAGCCAUCUGAAGGAAAAGCGCCAAUCCCGCUGACGGAUCAAUCCCAUUAUCUUCAGCACCACACUCGGAUUCUCGUCGGUCCAUUCCCGACACAGACCCCGGUUUGGCGUUGAAUAACCCGGGUCGAUCUGCGCCAAGUUCCCAGCGUCGCAUGACGCCAAGAUCCUCUGGGGUUCGGUGUUGCCAGGGAAGUCCCUUGUCGCCCUGAUUCGUCUCAUCUUGGGGUUGCAUCGUGCAGCUCCAUCUAAGACUUGAUUUGGCAUAUCUACCCUGGUUCUCCUUCAAUUCUCCUCCUCCCCGUAAUCCAAGAACCUUUCGUUGUUUCUUUCCACUGUUUCUCCAUACCCUCGUCCGGGGCAUCUCUUCACGUGUAUCAUGGACAAUCCCCGUGCAACCUCAGGCGAAAUUCUGCACACGACUGAUAGAUCAUGUGAUGGCCGUCGGGAUCCCUCCCUCCGGGGCGCUCAAGGCCGGAAACAUCGCCUGUCCGAAUCUGCUGCCGAAUCACUCGCGUCGUGUCCGGUCGGACAGCCUCUGAGGAAACGGGGGCGGCCUAGGAAAUCCACCAAUGGUGAACAGCCCCCAGGAGAGCGCCGUCGCACGCAGAUACGACUCGCACAGCGGGCGUAUCGUUCCCGACAGGAGACCACAAUGUUGGCGCUGCGAGAACGCGUUUCUGAGCUGGAAUCCACUGUGGAGCGGAUUAGCGAAAGCUUUCUGUGGCUGAGCAAUGAGCUGAUGACCUCCGGUGUGUUGACCAUGUAUCCUGACUUGGCCCAGAAGCUGCACAAAGCAACAGAACGAUGUUUGUCGUCAGCAAAGCAGACCGGAACUGAAGAGAAGGGAAAGCUUCCGGCAAAACAAGAAGAGCCGCAGGAGAUCCAACUGCAGACGACAGUCGACGCAGGCGGUAUAGCAGCUGGUCAUAUGGGUUUGGCGAUACCGAUAGACGGCAAUUCCUGGAGCCUUGGUAACCAUGGACAAGCGGCUGCUGCGGUCAACACGGGCUAUGCUGGAGUGGGCAAUUCCGUAACGGCUGAUUCUAGCAUGGGUAACCCUGACCCGGACAACCCUGGCACGGGAAAUUCUUUGCAGUUUACCCAAGCACAGCCAAGUGGCAUGAGGCUCGAGGACAGCCUUAGAAAUCCAAGCAUAGCGUUCACGCCGAGGUUCAACAUGUUCCUGCCAGACUCAUUAGUGAGUUUCCCAUACCCAUUACCCGCGAUGUACUCAACCCCUCUCCCACACUAUCCGGCGGUGCCAUUUGGUCCCUACAGGUUCGAAGAAUUUACGUUUGCGCAUCGGCUACAGCGCAGUGUCGUGGAGCGUGGAUAUCUCUUUUUAAAGACGGCCAACGUCGGCCCUGCCUUAUUUGCAAAAACUUUUGGAUUCCUGAUCAACAUUUUGACUAGGGAUCAAAUUACCGCGUUCUUCGAAAUCCGCUUCCGGCAAGGUAUAUGGGCUGCUGAUGAGUGGAACAUCCCCUUUGUCAGUCUCGGGGGUGCAGGAACCCACUAUCCACGACAGUUCCGAACGAACGAAGUCACCUUUCCCAUCAGGAUGGUACCGGAGGCGGCAAAACAGCACAUUGAUCCCGAGGAUAUGAGGUGUGAGUGGUUCGACGUGUAUGACGUUCAGGGAUACCUCGAAGAGAAAGGUCUCAUCCCUGGAGACUCGCUCGCGUUCAGCAAUUCCAUGACACCCAGCUUUAUGAUGCAAUCAGCGAACACGAACACUAGCGGUGUCGUUGCCGGGAUGGAUUCCUUCCCGCAGCCUGUCGGUAGAAGGCGCAUGGUGACCGUGGAUGAAUCAUAUUUGAUUGAAAGUGAGUCAUCUUUCGUCGCAAUGGAUUGGCUGUGAGCUGCCGAGAACCGGGAAUGUUGACAUUGCGGAACAGCCCUUGUUGAUCGAUGUAUAUGCCUCUGCCGUGGUCCAGGCUUUCGCCGACGCGACGUCGAAGAGAUCGUCGCCCAAGCCUCCAGAGUAGUGGAGUAUUGAUUCGCUUCGCACUCUGCCAGUCUCUCGACAUAUGAAAGAUUCACAACAGCCUGCUCUGGUGAUUAUGAGGCUCGGGUUUCAUAUGUAUAUGCUGUACAUAUGGUGUAUAGUACAUAGCCUGUAUUCUAAUAGUGUAUCAUAUAUAGAGAAUAAUCAGAAUACGACUUUUUCUACC